GGUAGUCAUGUCGUUAACUCUGUUUACUUUUCUGAUAGUCUUUGGUUUCGCCUUUUUGGGCCAACAUCAAGCAGAGGCAGACUGUGUAGCCGAAACCUCCGAUAUCUGGAAGGAUGAUGCGAAUGUGGAUGAAGGCAGUUGCCCCUCGUUAAAGAAGAUGGUAGAUGAAACCGUGGACCCUGAUUUAGAUGAUAUAUUAAAAAAAGAAUCAAAAAUCGAAAAGAAUAAUAUUUUCGAGACGAAAACGGAAGUUCAGAAUUCUAUAGGUCAAAACAUAGUAAUAAUUCUUCAGUUUCUGUGGCAGGUUAUAAAUUGGUGGUUCAAUUGGAAAUAAUAAAAGCGAUAAGGCAUAUCAGUCAAGAGGCCCAAAUCCAA